AUGGAAAUCAAUCAAAACAUUGAGAAAGACCCUUCUACCAUGGAAAGCAAUCAAAACACCGAGAAAAAUCCUUCUCCCGUGGAAAGCAAUCAAAACACCGAGAAAAAUCCUUCUCCCGUGGAAAGCAAUCAAAACACCGAGAAAAAUCCUUCUCCCGUGGAAAGCAAUCAAAAAAUUGAGAAAAAAACAAAAGGAAGGCAAAAACUUCCCUUGGUUCGCAUGGAAAAGGACGGUAACCGUUUAGUUACCUUUUCAAAACGCCGCUCAGGCCUCUUUAAGAAAGCAAGUGAACUUUGCACUCUUUGUGGGGUAGAGGCAGCCAUCAUUGUCUUUUCACCUGGUAAGAAGGCCUUUUCUUUCGGCCAUCCUUCGAUUGAUGGCGUCCUCAAUCGUUACAUAUCUGAUACCAAUUUUCUCAGCUACCCUAGCCACUACCUAAUUGGCCAAACCUCUAAAGCAGUUAAGGAUGAUGAGGAGAUCAAAAGGUUGAGCACAAUAAUUGGCAGCAUUAGAACUCAGUAUGAAAUGGAGAUCAAGAGAACCAAAGAUAUCAUCAAAGGAAGAAAGGCCAAUGUAGAGAGCUACAAGUGGUUGGCUGUGGAAGAAAGCAAGAAUGAGAAAGAGCUUGUGCAGGUUUAUGAAGCACUCGCUCAUGUUACGAAAUCUUUGUACGAAUUCUACCCCAAAAAUGUGCAAAAAUUGACUGCUGAUGACGCGGGCUACCAUCACACACCCAAUUUUUUUGGAGCUCAACACUUUGUUUCAAACAAUUUGUUUGGGGAUCAGUCUCAAAAUCCAAUGGCUAUGGUCCCGCCUAACUCGGUUAGGGGCCUAAAUGAUUUUGACCUAUGCCAAAGGAUGAUUCAAGCUCCUCUCAUGGAAGGUGCGGUUGGAGACCCAUCAUUGUCGUCGAUUCGGGCCAAUACCAUAGCCCUGAACUUGCUUAAAGCCAAUACAAAUGUUGCCCUUAACUUUUUUUCCAAUAACCCUGUUCCUAGGGCACAAUCAGAUUUGCCCAACUAUCCAAACUCAAUGCUGCCUUUUCCAGGGGAAUAUAAUCCCAUGGGAGGCAGCCAAUAUGGUGGGCAUCCCUCUUUUGAACCAAAAAAUAUUCAAGCUCUUAAUCCAAUGUGGGGUAAUUUCGAGGCUGGCCCUUCAAUGCCACCAAUGUUCAAUGAACUGAUGACUAUGCCAGCCUCAACAAGAGGGCCAAAUGAACUCAUGAAUCUGCCAGUAUCACCAAGAGGGCCCAAUGGCAUGCUGACCAUGCUGAUGCCACCACCAGGGCCCAAUGGCAUGGAUGACCUUGCUCCUCCUUUCAAUCUUCAGGGUGGUUUUGAAUUUGGAAGUAGCAGUAAUACAAAUGAUGGAUUGGAAUUAGGGAAUCAGAUCAAUGGAUUUGAAUCUGGGAAUCAGCGCAACGGAUUUGAAUUUUGGAAUCAAAGCAAUGAAAAUGAGGGCUUUCGUGAUGAUGCUGGCAAAAACUAUCACAACCAUGGGCGGAUCUUGCCAAUCUAUCCUGAUGCUUCCAUUAGUGAGUAG